AUGGUCGGUCAAGCCUUUGCGCUACCACACCGUCGAGAGUUGGCCUUUGGUUGUACCGCCUCUGAAACGCCAACGAGCAAAUCGGAAGACCGGACUCUAGCGAGCAACGCCUCCCGCUUGCUCUUUCGCAGGACGCGUCUUCAUUGCUUCCGUGGUUUGUCCGAAGCUGGUCUUGGCUCGACUUUGUCUUAUCAGCUACCAUGCCAGCAGCCCAUCCGCGUCCUUCACCUCACAGCAGAUAUCGAAAUCAUCUAA